GCCGUGUGACGUCGCACGCGCGCCGAGUGGAAAAGACGUGGUCGCGGAAGCCCAGGGGUCCGGGGCGUUCGCCAUGGUUCCGCGCGUGCCGCUCCCGCCGGAGAUCCAGCUGGCCCAGCGGCUGGCCGGAAACGAGCAGGUGACCCGGGACCGGGCGGUGAAGAAGCUCCGGAAAUACAUCGUCGCCAGGACGCAGCGGGCCGCAGGUGGCUUCACUCAUGACGAGCUGCUGAAGGUCUGGAAAGGACUGUUUUAUUGCAUGUGGAUGCAGGACAAGCCGCUCCUCCAGGAGGAACUAGGGAGGACCAUUUCCCAGCUCAUCCAUGCUUUCCAGACCACAGAGGCACAGCAUCUGUUCCUUCAGACAUUCUGGCAAACCAUGAACCGCGAGUGGCCAGGCAUCGACAGACUGCGCCUGGAUAAGUUCUACAUGCUCAUGCGGAUGGUCCUGAAUGAGUCCUUGAAGGCCCUGAAGACGCAGGGGUGGCAAGAAAGGCACGUCGAGCAGCUGCUGGAGCUGCUGACGACGGAGAUCCUGCACCCUGACAGCCAGGCCCCCAGCGGGGUGAAGAGCCACUUCCUGGAGAUCUUCCUAGAGGAGCUGAGCAAAGUGGGCGCCGCUGAGCUGACGGCAGACCAGAACCUCAAGUUCAUCGAUCCCUUCUGCACGAUUGCUGCUCGGACCCAGGACUCCCUGGUUUUGCAUAACAUCACUCGGGGCAUCUUUGAGGCGAUCGUGGAACAGGCCCCGUUUGCCAUCGAAGACCUCAUGAAUGAGUUGGACGCACAGGAGGAGGAGGAUGGCAUGUCGGAGGACGAUGAGCACGAGCAGGAUGUGCUGUCCAAGGAGCCAGGUGUUUGCAGCAGCUCGGCCCUGCCGCCACGGUGCGUGGCUGAGAUCCCAUGUCUCUUCUCCUGCUGCUGCCGCCACUGCCGGAACUGCCACGGCCACCUUGUUUCGUGGUUUGGCGAAGUAUUGGCCUCCAUCACCUCAGGGGCCAGAGCUCCUGCCUCCAAAAUUCCCUCCUGUCAUGGGUGCAGAAUUUGGAAGGUUACUGCAACUGCCGAAGUCAUGCCAGCUUCCGCCGGCUGCAGAGUUGUUACCCUGUCGUUCCCAAGCCUGUUAGAGCAGCCCCACGGCUGCCACCUCACCCACGGAAGCUCCCCCCAUGGGGCUGCACGCGACAGGAGUGAGGAGCUGCCAGGAGAUGGCGAGGACAGCGUGGGCCCCGUCCUCCAGUUUGACUACGAGGCCGUGGCCAGCAGACUGUUCGUGGUGGCCAGUCAGCAGGGCACCCCUUCCCAGAACCGGAAGCGCCUCUACAAAGUGAUUCGGAAGUUGCAGGACCUUGCUGAAGGCCUCUUCCCAGAGGAUGACGUGCCUGAAAAAGCCUACAGGAACCUGCAGGAAGAGGGGCAGGAGAGGAGGACAAAGAAGCGGCCCAAAUCCAGGUCACAGAAGCAGCCAGGGAAAGGCGGGAAGGAGGACUCACGGCCAGACCCGAGCUCCGGAUCCGAGAGGAGGAUGAGGCGGCGGCGGCGGCGGGGCUCGGGGACUGAGCCCACGGGGCCGCAGGAGCAGCUCGGGGGCCCAGGUGGGAGAGGGGCUCGAAAGAAGAGGCGGCGGCUUCGGGCGGGGGCCAGAGUGAAGGUGGCCGGUUGCCAGGAGCUACAGACCAAGCAGCGGCCGCUGCAGAGCCGGAAGUGACCGCAGCAGGCCCAGCGCACGCAGGGGGGCGCUUUCCCUGUGGCUCCUCCGUUUUGCGCUGAGUGGCGUUGGGGCGCAGGACCGCGGGGCCCUGCUCCCGAGACUCUGGACACGGACACCCGCGGCUCCCUGACGUACUGUGUUGGCAGAGGGUCGGGCCUCUUGCUCGGUGUCCGUGCUUCAGAGCGUGGACGCCGUGCUGACCUUGGUCAGGCCAGGAAGUCCCCUGAGACCUAAAACUGCCUGGGGCCGGGGACAGGCCCCACAUGGGGGGUGUCCAUGAAUAAAAUGCUCUGCAGCUCUUA